AUGGCCGAUCGAUCCAAUAAUUCUGCUAACGGCAUCGGAAAUGAAAUUUCCAACGUCGAGAAAGUCAUUGCCGCAUCUUUAAGGCCCUUGCCCACUGAAACCGGUGAUGGGACCUAUGUCAAAACGCCUACCACAACUGGGUUGACCAAGGAUCUGGGCCAUUUCAAUUCGAAGGAUGUGAAGGCGGUCAUCGAGAUUGCAAAAGAUGCGGUAACUGGGGAUCCUUGGAAUGAUCGGGAGUACAUCAUGGAGCGAGUGGUCCAGCUCGCAGCUGGUUUGCCUUCGACUUCUAAGAACGCUACGGAAUUAACCAACGUAUUCUUGAGUACCCUAUGGAAGGAUUUGCAGCACCCGCCAAUCUCGUAUCUUGGCCGUGACGCUUCUUAUCGGAAAGCGGAUGGAUCAGGAAACAACCCAUUCUGGCCGAACAUUGGCGCUGCGGGCACUCCCUAUGCGCGAUCAGUUCGACCGACAAUUGUGCAGCCAGUUGACCGACCAGAUCCAGAAACCCUUUUUGAUACUCUCUUGGCCCGGAAGGACUUCAAAGAGCACCCGAAUAAGAUUUCGAGUGUACUGUUUUAUUUUGCAUCUAUUAUCAUUCAUGACCUGUUUCAAACAGACCCCAAAACUGGCACGUCAUCAUUGACAUCGUCUUAUCUUGAUCUGGGCCCUCUCUAUGGUAAUAACCAGGAUGAGCAGGAUGCCGUGAGAACCUUCAAGGAUGGCAAGCUCAAGCCGGAUACAUUUUCCGCCAAGCGUAUCCUUGGGUUCCCUCCUGGUGUGGGUGUUUUGCUUAUCAUGUUCAAUCGAUUCCACAAUCAUGUGGCAGAUAACCUGGCAAUCAUAAACGAGGGUGGUCGCUUCAAAAAACCAGAUGAGUCUAACAAACAAGCCUACGCAACAUGGGACAAUGAUCUAUUCCAGACUGCGCGUUUGGUCACCUGUGGUCUCUAUAUCAACAUUGUUCUAAAGGACUACGUCCGAACAAUCCUUAACUUGAACCGGACUGAUAGUUCUUGGAGUUUGGAUCCCCGAGCGGAGAUCAAGAGUGGUCUACUCGGUGACGCUCCAGCUCAGGCUACUGGAAACCAGGUCUCGGCGGAGUUCAAUCUUGUCUACCGAUGGCACUCUUGCAUUUCUGCUCGUGAUGAGAAGUGGUCAGAGGAUAUGUACAAGGAGAUCUUUAAAGGCCAAGAUGCGAAAGCUCUGAGCCUUCCGCAGUUCAUUCAAGGCCUUUAUCGCUGGGAGGCAAUGCUCCCCGAAAAUCCCGAGGACCGUCCCUUUGCCAACCUUCACAGGAAGGCAGAUGGUCUCUACGAUGAUGAUGACUUGGUCAAGAUUUUCCAAGAGGGUGUCGAGGAUGUCGCUGGUGCUUUUGGAGCAUCGAAUGUGCCAACGAUCUUCAAAUCCAUUGAGGUCCUCGGCAUGAAGCAGUCACGGGCAUGGAACUUGGCCACAUUGAAUGAGUUCCGAGACUACUUCAACCUGGCUCCAUACAAGACAUUCGAGGAGAUCAACUCUGACCCGGAAAUUGUUGAUCAGCUCCGCCAUUUCUACGAUCAUCCUGAUUUGGUGGAACUCUACCCCGGUCUCAUCGUGGAAGAUGCGAAAGAACCUAUGGUUCCAGGUAGUGGCCUGUGCACCAAUUACACCACUUCCAGGGCAAUCCUUUCGGAUGCCGUUGCUCUGGUUCGUGGUGAUCGAUUCUAUACCGUUGACUACACUCCUAAGCAUCUGACAAAUUGGGCCUACAACGAGAUCAAUUAUGAUGCCAAUGUGGACAACGGCCAGGUCUUCUACAAACUGGCCUUGCGGGCAUUCCCUAAUCACUUCCUUGGAAACUCAGUUUACGCCCAUUUCCCAAUGGUAAUUCCCAGCGAGAACGAAAAGAUCUUCAAAAGCCUUGGAAAGGGUCAUAUGUACAGCUACAGUGCGCCUAGCUACACUCCAAUCCCCACAAUGAUCAAUUCCCACGCCGCUUGCAAGGCCGUUCUCGAGGACCAGGAAAACUUCAAAGUGACCUAUGGUAAGAAGCUGGAGUUCAUCUUGCAUCGCGAUGGCCACCCAUAUGGCCGUGAUUUCAUGUUGUCGGGCGAUAGCCCUGCAAACGCAGCAUCCCGCAAGAUGGUUGGCGGUGCUCUAUACCGGGACAAAUGGGAAUCUGAAGUGCGGAAGUUCUACGAGGAGAUCACCAUUCAGCUGCUGCAGCGGAACUCGUACAAAGUGGGUAGUGCAAACCAAGUGGACAUCAGUCGCGAUGUGUCCAAUCUCGCGCAUAUCCAUUUUUCUGCGAAUGUGUUUUCUUUGUCGCUCAAGACGGAGUCUAACCCCCGUGGCGUAUUCACCGAGACCGAGCUGUUUCAGAUUUUGACUGUGGUCUUCACAUGCAUAUUUUACGAUGUGGAUGUCGCCAAGUCUUUCCAGCUUGAGCAGGCGUCUCGCACGGUUGCACAGCAGCUUGGUGAGCUGAUCAUGGCUAAUGUUGAAGUUGUCGAUAAGGCUGGAUUCGUCGCUAGUCUUGUGAGUCGGAUUCAUCGUCAUGAUGUGCUCAGUGACUAUGGUAUCCAUAUGAUUCAGCAUCUACUCCAUAGCGGGCUGCCCGCGAAAGAUGUUGUGUGGACGCAUAUUAUUCCAUCGGCAAGCUCAAUGGUUGCCAACCAGGCACAGCUAUUCAUUCAGUGCUUAGACUUUUAUCUCGAGAAAGAGAAUGCUGUCCACCUCGCAGAGAUCCAACGGCUGUCCAAGGAGAACACUCCGGAGUCUGAUGAGCUUCUUCUACGAUACUUUAUGGAAAGCGCACGAAUCCGAUCGACCGUCGCCUUGCCUCGGGAAGUCGUGAAGCCCACCGUCAUCGAAGACAAUGGUGAGAACUUGACAUUGAAGACAGGCCAGCAGAUCUACUGCAAUCUGGUGGCCGCAAGUCACGAUGCUGAUGCAUUCCCUGAUCCCGAGACAGUCCGCUUGGAUCGCGACCUGAGCCAGUACAUCCACUUUGGUUUCGGCCCACAUCAAUGCCUUGGGCUUGGGGUGUGCCAGACUGCUCUUCCUACCAUGCUUCGGGUUGUCGGGCAGUUAAGUAACCUUCGACGUGCUCCUGGUCCACAGGGACAGUUGAAGAAAAUCCCAGGUAUCGGCGGCAUCACGAUGUAUAUGGAUGCGGAGCAGGGUGCAUACUCGCCCUUCCCAUCGACGAUGAAAGUGCAGUGGGAUGGAGAGCUACCCACUGCUCGGAAAGUGUGA